AUGCCUAAGGAAGUGCUUUGUUUAACAUUGGAUACCAAUUCGGCAUUUCAAUAUCAAUGGAAAGUUUGGCAUUAUAUGGGCAUUAAAGCCCCAGAGAACAUAAAUCGCAAGCUGUAUCAACUUUAUGCAGUUUUCAUCAACUCUUUUGUGACAUUGUUGUUCCCUUUAACAUUGAUAGUCAAUGUGUUCUUGGCGCAAAAUCUUCAACAAUUGUGUGAAAAUUUGACCAUUACACUCAGCGAUUCGUUGGCCAAUGUGAAAUUCAUCAAUGUCUAUUUGGUGCGCCAUGAAUUGGAUAGUAUUCAACUGAUACUACGUCGUCUGGAUUCUAGGAUUCAAACUCGUGGGGAAUAUAACAUACUAAAAUCCGCCAUAAGGAAGGCCCAGACCACAUUCCUCAUAUUUCUGCGCCUCUUCACGGUGGGCACCGUUUUAAGCGUUGUGAAAAUAAUCUUGGCCGAGAAACGCUCAUUACUUUAUCCCGCUUGGUUUGGAGUCAACUGGGAGGAGAGUGCCUUCAAGUAUGCGAUUGUCAUCAGCUACCAACUUUUUGGCCUAAUUGUGCAAGCCUUACAAAAUGUGGCCAAUGACUCAUAUCCCCCCUCAUAUUUGAUUAUACUAACCGGGCAUAUGGAGGCUUUGGAGAUAAGGGUUAAAGCUUUAGGUAACCAUGCCGAUGGCACAUUAAAAGUCUCUCUAACUGCAAAGGAACAAAACGACUGCCUGAAGGAGUUGAAUGAGUGUAUUAAGGAUUAUAUAAAUAUACUGAAAUUACAUUCCACAAUUCAGCGUGUUAUCUCCAAGGCUUGUCUGGCACAGUUCGUAUGCUCGGCCUUGAUUCAAUGCAUUGUGGGCCUUCAUUUUCUGUAUGUGGUGGAUACGGCCGAUUACGAGGCCACCAUACUAUCAGUGAUAUUUUUUGUGGCCAUAACUAUGGAAGUCUUUGUGAUUUGCUAUUUUGGUCAAAUGAUGAGUUUACAAAGUUGGAAUCUCACCUAUGCCUUCUACUCAUGUGGAUGGCUGGCCCAAUCUCCGAUAUUUAAACGAAAUCUUAUAAUCACUCUCAUACGAACGCAACGUACUUCGAUUAUAUUGGCUGGCUCCUAUAUACCCUUGAAUUUGCCCACAUUUGUGCAGCUUAUGAAGUUUGCUUAUUCUACAUUUACAUUGUUGAUUCGAUUCAAAUAGAUGUCUAGCUGAAGUCUGUUGUCAAUGGAAUGGUCAAUUAAUUGUGGAUCUUAGUAUUUUCAUCACUCAAUAUAUCACUUAGAUGAUAUCAUAGAUAUUAGAUAUCAGCAUCAUACCUGCACCAAACCAAUAAAAUGAAUUUGAAAUAAAGAAACAAUUUUUCCACAAUAA